CCCACACAAAGUAUCCUCAACAUUUCGUGAGCAGGUUGUUCGUUCGCGCACCGCCGAUGUUACCGUUGUCCGAGUGUGGCGCCUUGUUGUCAUGGCGAUCGUAGCCAUCCAGGUACAUGACGUGCGGCAGGAGGCGGAAGACGCCGUCGCGGUAGUCGUCCCGUGUGCUAACCUCGCAGCCCGACGCAUCCAAAGUCUUCAGCUUCUUCAGGGGCUUCUGCGGGCAGAGAGGCGGGGCCCGCGUGCCUUGAAAAACUCCAUCCCGAUUGUGCAACUGCGACUUCCCGCGGGCACUCACCAGCGCUUCCAGGGCGGCUAUGUCGCUGAUCCCGUUGCCACUGAUGUCGAGGUGCGUCAGGUUGGGACAUUUUUGGGCCAGCGCCUCCAAACCUCCACAUAUGGCGUUGUCGCUCAGCUCCAGCUAACAAAGGAAGGAAAAUGAGGCGGACCCCGAUGCACGGUGGGAACAGGAAGCGAGCGCUGGCCGACCUUGUGUAGUUUAGGCAGCGACGGCAGUUUGGAGAGCGACGUGAGGCCCACGUUGACCAUGCGCAGAACCUCCAGACCCGAAAACUCCUCUGUCACGCCGUCCACCUCGCCGUUGCCGGAACGACACGUGUCCAACGCCAACACGCACACCUACAUAACGGCAACACAACUGUUGACACUUGAGAAGGUUGUGUUUGUGUGUAUGUUUGUGUGUGUGCACGUGCGUUGUGCUCGGAGGUUGCCAUGGCAAAAUUCAACGAUAGAAGUAACAACGUGACAAGUUUUCUCCAGAGUGACAGUCAGUAAAAAUGCUGAGGACAAGGUAGCAAGUAGUUCUGGACAAUUUGAGAUUUUUGUGCGAUAUCGCCUAUCGAGAAUCUGGUCCAAAAACGCCAUCAAAUUAGAUUAAAGCACUAGAACUUGAUUAUUUUGCAACAUAUCGCCACUACUCAGAAAGCCCUUCCCCAAUUGGCUGACAUGUUGCACUUGAAAAUAUCCACCAAUGAGCUCGCACGUUCUCCAAGUUGACGGCGCAGGCAGGAGAUGAUGCCCAACUCUGGCUUGUUGUUACCCACCUUUUGAUGUAGUCGUGCACGUCACAAAAACAAACGUGACUUUGCCUAAUGUAAACGGAAUUCGCUCUUGAUGUCACACACGCGCACAAACACGCCGUCACGUGGUGGCGUGCGUUUGCUGGAUGCAAAUAUGUCCGCGAGUCCCGACGCAUUGGUGACAAUUUCAAGGAUUUUGUGCAAGUUUUGCCAACAUUUUCUUCUAUUUCUCAGUUAUAACGCAUCUUCUUUUCGUCACAGACUGUUUUCUGCUCCUUAGUCUGCCAUUGCUUUUGCGGUGUGUCUGUUUUGUCGAUUGUACACAUCAAUGUGAAAAAAAUUCAAAUGCUUGUCACAGUUGGCGAAAUCAUCGCAAGGGACCUGCAGGGUAAACGUAGGCCGCGUCGGCGCAUCACAAUUGCUGUGGCAUUUCAAAUGGCGUCACUUGCCCUCAAAAGUCAUCAGGUGUUAUGUUUUUGAGAAAAUCUCUACAAAGAUGGCGGCCACUUGUCACGUUGAAAACAGAAGGGAGCUCGUGGUGGACAGAGGCGCAGGAGACGGUCACCGUGGUAACCGACGACUUCCCUACCGGAAGCGGCCGAGCGAGUAUGACAACAAUGUUUUCGCGCUAAAAUGUGCUUUUCUGUCACGUGACGUCGCAAGACGACACUUGAACAAUGGCGGCGAAGGCGCGAAAGGACGCAAACGAGCCGGACACCGUGUUGGCUCUCACGCCAACAAACAACAAGAACAAGAAGAUGGAGAUGAAGAAAAAGAAGACGAAAAAAAACACGAAGAAGAAGCAAACAAAGUCAUUUGGCGGCCGUCGCCGUUACGCACCUCAGCGGGAUUUCUGUCCUUGAGCUCCAAGUGUACCCUCUUCUUCAUGUCCAUGUUCGACGCCGCAAAACAAAAGAAAUUUUAAUCAAAUGUGAGGCUCUCAGCACGAAGAAGGCAAAAGGGGCUCAACUAGGCCGCCAUGUUGGACAAUCGCGGCCGAUAGACCACGCCUCUCUCCUUGAACGCCAAUAGAAUCGCGACAGGCUCGCCUCCUAUUAGGUAGACACUCACUAACCUCGCCCUCCCGUUCCAAGGCCAGGACAGAGAUCUUCCUUUGACAAGAUAUCAAACACUGAAUUACAUCGCCGCCAUCUUGUAGACCGCAUUUGACUACAGCAAAUUGGAAAUGCAGGGGGCAGGCAUGUGUUUUCUCAGAAUUACGUCGAGGAGGAGGCGUGGCCAUACCUGUCCACACCUGCACGGACUCGACUUCCCUUGCUGCUCCGUCUGCCUCCAAGGUAGCCACUGUGUGCACACCAACCAGGUGGACUCAUGUGGACUCAUCUGCUCUGGUGUGACUUGUGAAUCAACUUCAACUUUCCAGGAAGUGACAGAAACAGACAUGGGCAGCAAGGAGCGCUUCCAUUGGCUGGCUCAGGACGUGAAGGUGAGCGGCGUGGAUGACAUGGUGCUGCUGUCCAAAAUCAACGAGGACGCCAUAACGGAGAACCUCAAGAAGAGAUACAUGGAUGACUACAUCUUUACCUACAUUGGACCUGUUCUGAUCUCCGUUAACCCGUUCAAACAACUUCCAUACUUCACAGACAGAGAAGUGGACCUCUACCAGGGAGCGGCUCAGUACGAGAACCCGCCUCACGUCUACGCGCUGGCCGAUGAUGUUUACCGCAACAUGAUGAUUGACAGCGAGAACCAGUGUGUCAUCAUCAGCGGUGAGAGUGGGGCCGGGAAGACGGUGGCGGCCAAAUACAUCAUGAGCUAUGUAUCCAAGGUGUCAGGGGGUGGAGACAAGGUUCAGCACGUGAAGGACAUCAUCCUGCAGUCCAACCCCCUGCUGGAGGCAUUCGGGAACGCCAAGACGGUCCGCAACAACAAUUCCAGCCGCUUCGGAAAGUACUUCGAGAUCCAGUUCAGCCGUGGCGGCGCUCCCGACGGAGGAAAAAUCUCCAACUUCCUGUUGGAGAAGAGCCGAGUGGUUUCACAAAAUCCAGGAGAGAGGAACUUCCACAUCUACUAUCAGCUGCUGGAGGGGGCGAGUGGGGAGCAGAGGGAAAACCUUGGGGUCACGACCCCUGACUACUACAACUACCUCAAUCAAUCGGAAACGUUCACGGUGGAAGACGUCAACGACAAGAAGGAAUUCUUUGACACCUUGGGCGCCAUGUCCGUGGUGGGUCUGUCCGUGGAGGAGCAGGAUUCGGUUGUUCAGCUGGUCGCAGGCAUCCUGCACCUGGGGAACAUCAACUUCCGCGAGGAGAACAACUUUGCCGUGGUGGAGAGUUCUGACUUUCUGGCCUUCCCGUCCUUCCUGCUGGGGAUCCCUCAGGAUGCUCUGUGCGGCAAACUGACCAGCAGGAUUCUGGACAGCAAGUGGGGCGGGAAGACCGAGUCCAUCUCAGUCACCCUGAACACAGAGCAGGCCUGCUUCACCCGGGACGCCCUCGCCAAAGCCCUCUACAGCCGCCUCUUUGACUUCCUGGUCGACUGUGUCAAUAGAGCGAUGCAGAAGGAUCAGGAGGAGUUCAACAUCGGAGUUCUGGACAUCUACGGCUUUGAGAUCUUCCAGCAAAACGGUUUUGAGCAGUUCUGCAUCAACUUUGUCAACGAGAAGCUGCAGCAGAUUUUCAUCCAACUCACGUUGAAGGCAGAGCAGGAGGAGUACGUUCAGGAGGGAAUUAAAUGGACGCCCAUCGAGUAUUUCAACAACAAAGUUGUGUGUGACCUCAUUGAGUCCAAACUGAAUCCUCCUGGCAUCAUGAGUGUGUUGGAUGACGUGUGUGCGACCAUGCACGCCAAAGGUGACGGCGCAGACCAGACACUGCUGCAGAAACUCCAAGGUCAAGUUGGUUCACACGAACACUUCAGCAGCUGGAACAAAGGAUUCAUCGUACACCACUACGCCGGAAAGGUGUCGUACGAUGUCAGCGGCUUCUGUGAGAGGAACAGAGACGUGUUGUUCAACGACAUCAUCGAGCUGAUGCAAGGCAGCGAGUUUCCGUUCAUUACAGCGCUGUUCCCUGAGAACCUGGAUGCCGAGAAGAGAGGACGUCCGACCACGGCCAGCAGCAAGAUCAAGAAACAAGCCAACACUCUGGUCCAGACACUUAUGAAGUGUACACCUCACUACAUUCGCUGCAUCAAACCCAACGAGACCAAACGUCCUCAGGACUGGGAGGAGAACAGAGUACGACACCAGGUGGAGUACCUGGGCCUUCGUGAGAACAUCCGGGUUCGUCGAGCAGGAUAUGCGUAUCGUCGUGUUUUCAACAAGUUCCUGCAGAGGUACGCCAUCCUGACUAAAGAGACGUGGCCCACCUGGCGAGGUGACGAGCGUCAGGGUGUCUUGCACCUCCUCAACUCUGUCCACAUGGAGGAGGACCAAUUCCAGCUGGGCAAGACAAAAGUUUUCGUUAAAGCUCCAGAGUCGCUCUUCCUGUUGGAGGAGAUGAGGGAGAGGAAGUACAACGGUUACGCUCGGGUCAUCCAGAAGGCGUGGCGUAAACACAUUGCUGUCCGCAAGUACGUGAAGAUGAGGGAGGAAGCGUCUGACAUCCUGCUGAACAAGAAGGAACGCCGCAGGAACAGCUUGAACAGGAACUUUAUGGGCGAUUACAUCGGCACCGACGUCCACCCGGAGAUCCGGCAGUUUGUCGGCCGCAGAGAGAGGAUCGACUUUGCCGAUGUGGUCAUCAAAUUUGACCGCAGGUUCAGGACGGUGAAGCGUGACCUCAUACUCACCCCCAGGUUCUUGUACCUGAUUGGUCGAGAGAAGGUGAAGCAGGGACCAGAUAAAGGUCAAAUCCAGGAAGUUCUCAAGAGGAAGAUGGAACUCUGCAAUAUCCAGUCUGUUUCUUUGAGCACCCUGCAGGACGACAUUUUUAUCAUCCACGAACACGAAUACGACAGCGUCCUCCAGAGUGUCUUCAAGACCGAAUUUCUCAGUCUGCUCAUCAAACGUCAUCACGAAAACACUCAGAGUAAUCUUCCGCUCAAGUUCAACAACCUUCUGGAGUUUAAAGUGAAGAAGGGAGGCUGGGGUCCAUUCACCUCAUCAGGGUCCAGACAGAUCCAGUUCCAGGUGGGUCAGGGGGACGAGGCAGUCCUGAAACCCAGUGGGAAGGUUCUGAAUGUCUCCAUUGGACCGGGUCUACCCAAAAACUCACGACCUACCAGGAGGGACAACCGUAAAAGUCUGUACCGGGACAACCGGGCUACACCCACCAACCAGAAAAACUUGGGUCCUCACAACGAGGGCGUCGGGCACCGGCGAGGAAGGUCCUCCAGAGGCUCGUUACUGAGGCAGCAUUCCAGCAUGGAGCAACCCAGUUUGCCCCGCCUCCAGAACCAGAACCAGCAUUGGCACGACAGCGGGCGCGCAAAGCACGUGGACAUGGGUUUCAUGAACGUCCCGGAACAGGGCGCCGCUGGUCUGCAGCGUCGGCGUUCCAAGGAGGUGAAGCCGGUCCCUGGAGCGGGUCGGCCCAAACCGGCCCCCAAACCAAAGCCUCGUUCCCCGCAAUGUCGCGCUCUCUACGCUUACGACGCCCAGGACACGGAUGAGCUCAGCUUCAACACGGAUGACGUUAUCGACGUUCUCACUGAAGAUCCGUCGGGCUGGUGGUUCGGACGUCUGCGCGGCAGAGAGGGAAUGUUCCCCGGAAAUUAUGUGGAGAAGAUCUAGACGUCGAGGUCAGAGCUCACUGACCAUUAUUUUACUGUUUCAAAAAAAUAGAUCUUUUUACAGACUGACGACUGUCAGUCAUCACCCUUCGGGGUCACAGGUCAAUGUGCCGCCAGCUGGACCCGAAGCAGGCGGCAGUGACGUGUUGUCAUGGAAACUGGAGAGGAUGUCAACGUGAGGACUGAGAUUCAUGAGGCCCCGAGAGUGUUCAUUAACAUUCAUUUAUGUAAAUUCAUGAUAAUGAGUGUUAAUUAGAGUUAGUGUUCUGUUUAUCCGCUUUGAAUGUGAUUUGAUGACUGAAAGUCUCUGUGCAAUCGCAAAGAAAGCAACUAAAAGUUGCUUGUAUUCAAUAAACAAACAAGUUGGGAUAAAACAAAAAUCAUUCUUUCACACUUUUGUGUUUUUGAGUGUAGAGCGUAUCACGUGACUGAGUGACGC